GGAGGGAGGGCGUGAAGAGCGAGGGGAGCUGGGCGGCGCACUCCGAGCCGGGUGAGUGACCUCUACCUCCGCCCUUCUUGCCGUCGGCUCUGGGACCUGCACCCUCGGUCCCCGGAGGGAGCACACACACACAGAUAAAUAUCAAGACUUAUUGGUAUAAGAAGGAAAUUUUGAGCAAUAGAGAAAGAUGGAUUGGAGCACGACUUUGGUACUUUCAGGAAAGUGAGGACUUGGUGCCGAGGGAGUAGUGUGGACAGAGAUCCAGAGUGGGUGAGAGGAGUAAAAGAAUCAAUGCUGAUGGACAUUGUAUGGGCCAGAGGCAGCGAUGGUUGGCUAUGACCCCAAAGCAGAUGGCAGGAAUAUCUCCAAUUUCGAGGUGGCAGUGGCUGGGUCUGUGUCUGGACUUGUCACCCGGGCGCUGAUCAGCCCCUUGGACGUCAUCAAGAUUCGUUUCCAGCUUCAGAUUGAGCGCCUGUCUCGCAGUGACCCCAAUGCGAAGUACCAUGGGAUCCUUCAGGCUGCAAGACAGAUGCUGCAGGAGGAGGGCCCCACAGCAUUCUGGAAGGGCCACAUCCCAGCGCAGCUUCUCUCCAUAGGCUAUGGAGCUGUCCAGUUUUUGUCGUUUGAAAUGCUGACCGAGCUGGUACACAGAGCCAGCAUGCGCGACGCCCGCGACUUCUCCGUGCACUUUGUCUGCGGUGGCCUGUCUGCCUGCAUGGCCACCCUCACCGUUCAUCCUGUGGAUGUACUGCGCACCCGCUUUGCAGCUCAGGGUGAGCCCAAGGUGUACAGAACCCUGCGGGACGCUGUGACCACUAUGUACAGGACAGAAGGCCCCUUGGUCUUCUACAAAGGCCUGAACCCGACCUUGAUCGCCAUCUUCCCCUACGCCGGCUUCCAGUUCUCCUUCUACAACUCCUUGAAGCACAUGUAUGAGUGGGUCAUGCCCGCUGAAGGAAAGAAAAACGGGAACUUCAAAAACCUGCUUUGUGGCAGUGGAGCUGGCGUCAUCAGCAAGACCCUUACGUAUCCCCUGGACCUCUUCAAGAAACGACUGCAGGUCAGAGGGUUUGAGCAGGCCCGAGUCACCUUUGGCCAGGUGAGCUGUCCACCUGCAAACAACUCUGAUCCUUGCCCCUCACUGGGCACAUGAAGGAACGGGUCAGCUCCUGCCCAGUAGCCCCCAUAGUGGUUUCACUCCCAGCCUGUCCCCAGGGACCCCCAAGCACAUGGGAAAGCCACAUGCAAAGCCCUGUGUAUAUUAGGAACUGUGGAAAGAUCCAGGCGAAGGAGAAUUUCCAGUGUCUGCUCUUAAAAAAUGUUGAGUUCAGUUUGGGACAAAGAGU